AGUCAGUAGUUCCUGAGGGGGUUUGGGGUCCCUGAGCGGGCCGGGGCAUCGUGGCGUUGCCACCAUGUCGAUGUCGCACCUGUACGGCGCGGACGGAGACGAUGGCGUGGAGAUGGAGAGCUUCGAGGUGUCGGACUGGGACCUGCAGAACGAAUUCAACCCGCACCGGCAGCGACACCGCCAGACCAAGGAGGAGGCGACCUACGGCGUGUGGGCCGAGCGCGACUCGGACGAGGAGCGGCCCAGCUUCGGAGGGAAGCGCUCCAGGGAUUACUCGGCCCCCGUGAGCUUUGUGAGCGCUGGGCUGAGGAAGGCGGCGGCCGAGGAGCUCUCGGAUGAGGACUCGGAUGAUGAUGAGAAGCCUGUGAAGCAGGAGGAGAUUCCCAAGGAGUUUGUGCCCAAGAAGUUAAAGACAGGUGGAAAUUUCAAGCCCAGCCAGAAAGGCUUCGUAGGAGGCUCCAAGUCCUUUGUGGAUUUUGGCAGCUGGGAGAGACACACUAAAGGAAUUGGGCAGAAGCUUCUCCAGAAGAUGGGAUAUGUCCCUGGAAGGGGUCUGGGGAAGAAUGCUCAAGGAAUCAUCAACCCCAUCGAGGCCAAGCAGAGGAAAGGCAAAGGUGCUGUGGGCGCUUACGGCUCCGAGAGGACCACGCAGUCCUUGCAGGACUUCCCUGUGGUGGACUCAGAAGAGGAAGCUGAGGAGGAGUUUCAGAAGGAGCUCAGCCAGUGGCGGAAGGACCCAAACGGAGGCAAGAAAAAGCCCAAGUACAGCUACAAAACAGUGGAAGAGCUGAAAGCCAAGGGCAGGAUCAGCAAGCAGCUUGCAGCCCCUCAGAAGGAGCUGUCUCAGGUCAAGGUGAUCGACAUGACGGGCCGGGAGCAGAAGGUUUAUUACAGCUACAGCCAGAUCAGCCACAAGCACAACAUCCCUGAUGACAGCCCCCAGCAGCCCCUGGGCAAGGACUCCAAGCCCCAAGGCUUUGCCCUGCCCGAGCUGGAGCACAACCUGCAGCUGCUCAUCGACAUCACGGAGCAGGAGAUCAUCCAGAGCGACCGGCAGCUGCAGUACGAGAGGGACAUGGUGGUCAACCUCAGCCACGAGAUCCAGAAGAUGGCUGAGGUGCUGUCCCACGAGGAGAAGGCCAUCAGCAACCUCAGCAAGGUGCUGGACAUGGUGGAGGAGUGUGAGAGGCGGAUGCAGCCGGGCUGUGAGAACCCUCUGACCUUGGAUGAGUGUGCAAAGAUCUUUGAGACCCUGCAGGACAAGUACUACGAGGAGUACAGGAUGUCAGACAGGGUGGACCUGGCAGUGGCCAUAGUUUAUCCUCUCAUGAAGGAAUACUUCAAGAACUGGGAUCCCCUCAAGGACUGUACAUACGGCACAGAGAUCAUAGCCAAGUGGAAGAGCCUUCUGGAAAACGAUCAGCUGUUAUCCCACAGUGGGCAGGACCUGUCAACAGAUGCUUUCCACAGACUGAUGUGGGAGAUCUGGAUGCCAUAUGUCAGGAACAUCGUGGCGCGGUGGCAGCCGAGGAACUGUGGAUCCAUGGUGGAUUUCUUGGAUAGCUGGGUGAACGUUGUCCCUGUGUGGAUUCUGGAUAACAUUCUGGAUCAGCUCAUCUUCCCCAAGCUGCAGAAGGAGGUGGAGAGCUGGAACCCUCUGACAGACACGGUGCCCAUCCACUCGUGGAUCCACCCCUGGCUGCCGCUGAUGCAGGCGCGCCUGGAGCCGCUGUACUCGCCCAUCCGCAACAAGCUGGCCAACGCCCUGCAGAAGUGGCACCCCAGCGACUCCUCUGCCAAGCUCAUCCUCCAGCCCUGGAAGGAUGUGUUCACUCCUGGCUCCUGGGAGGCUUUCAUGGUCAAGAACAUCGUGCCUAAACUCGGAAUGUGUCUGAAUGAGCUCAUCAUCAACCCUCACCAGCAGCACAUGGAUGCUUUUUACUGGGUGAUCGACUGGGAGGGGAUGAUUUCUGUCUCCAGCCUCGUUGGGCUGCUGGAGAAACACUUCUUCCCAAAAUGGCUGCAGGUGCUCUGCUCUUGGCUCAGUAACAGCCCCAACUACGAGGAGAUCACCAAGUGGUACCUGGGCUGGAAGUCCAUGUUCUCAGACCAGGUGCUGGCACAUCCCUCCAUCAAAGACAAGUUCAACGAAGCCCUUGACAUCAUGAACAGGGCUGUGUCCUCCAGCGUGGGUGGGUACAUGCAGCCGGGCGCGCGGGAGAACAUCGCGUACCUGACGCACACGGAGCGGCGCAAGGACUUCCAGUACGAGGCCAUGCAGGAGCGGCGCGAGGCUGAGAACAUGGCCCAGCGCGGCAUCGGCGCCGCCGCCGGCUCCGUGCCCAUGAACUUCAAGGACCUCAUCCAGACCAAGGCCGAGGAGCACAACAUCGUCUUCAUGCCCGUCAUCGGCAAGAGGCACGAGGGCAAGCAGCUCUACACCUUCGGCAGGAUCGUCAUCUACAUCGACAGGGGCGUGGUGUUCGUGCAAGGGGAGAAGACCUGGGUGCCCACCUCGCUGCAGAGCCUCAUUGACAUGGCCAAGUGAGGCCUGUGUGCAAGAGGAGACCACCUGGGUGCCCGCCUCGCUCCAGAACCUCAUUGACAUGGCCAA